AAUCCUUUGAAAGAUACUAUCGUUCAUUUUGGCGAACGUGGUAAGCUGCAAUGGCCUCUGAACUGGGAAACCGCCUGUAAGCAAGCGGACAAGGCAGAUGUUAUCCUAUGUCUAGGUUCUAGUUUAAAAGUAUUAAAAAAGUAUCCUUGGUUGUGGUGUAUGGAUAAGCCUGUCAAGAAACGUCCCAAAUUAUAUAUAGUGAAUUUGCAAUGGACGCCGAAAGAUGACCAUUCCACUUUGAAAAUUAACGGAAAAUGUGAUACAGUAAUUGAAAAAAUGAUGGCUCAUUUGGGACUAAGUGUACCGAAAUACGUACGAGACCUGGAUCCUAUAUUUUAUCACGCCACUCAUUUGCACGAAUUAGAAUUACAUACCACAACGAGAUCUCCUAUUGAAAAAAUCCCAAAGCAAUCCGACAGCCAAGAUGAUUCCAAAAAUGGAGAAAUAAAAACCUCCGAGAAUCAGGCAAUCGAACAGAAAGAAGCUUCUCUCGAUAAUACUUCACAUUCAGUGUGUUCAUCCACUCAGGAUAUUAGUUCUAAUGUUGUUAGUGAUAUUAUCACAUGCGACGUUGCGAUCGACGACGCGCGUGCGAGCGAUUUUCUAAAUCCUAGUUUACUUUUGGUCAGCGCCGAAAUCAAGGAAGAAAUUGUGAGUGACGAAGAAAACUAUAUUGACGAGCGAAAGCAAAACUCGAAUGUUAAAAAGGAACACGACGAGGCGACUGACAGUGACAGUGACAUCAAAGGACAAUCUAAUUUAUCUGUGAUAAACGAAAAAUUAGAAAUAAUAGUUCCCGACGUUGUAAGCACCAAUGAAACGCAAAUCGCGAUUAAAAUCGAAUCGGUUGAAGAGUCUCUAGAUACGGUCGUUCAAACUAACCUUAUUACUCAGGAAUCGCCGGUAGCCUCAUCUGUCGACGUUUUCGAAGGCAUGCAUUUCCUAUUUGGACGCAACUUGUGGUCUGAUCUAAGUUUAUUCGACGCCUUCACUCAUCAACCUUUACUACUUAAUCAUUCGGUUUACGGUUGGUCUGGCUUGAAUUCCUUUUCUUCUCUCGUUCCAUAUUUUGAUAAUCAAACUCGCCCGAAUGAUUUCAACUCGAGCAUCACACAUACCUCGCCUAUUGACGAUAAACCUGCUGCCAAUCAAUCCGAGUGUUCGACUUCAUCUUCUGCAAAAAGUUAUCCUCUACGUAAUAAGGCCGAAAAGUCAACAGUAGCCGAAAUCGGGUGCGAUUUUUGCCUCAAGUUCUACAAAUCGAAACGGUGUUUAUUUUACGUAAUGUCUCCCUCAAACGCGUCUUUUACAUCGGAGUCAGUUUGUUUAUGUUGUGGAGGGGACGACGACGAAGAUGAUCAGGAUGAUGACGAUAAUAGUAAUGAUAAAACUCCAGCCAAAGUUCUCAACAUUAAUCCUGGUUGGUUCGGUAAAGGUUAUCGUAAAAAAGUCAAGAAAAGGUGAAAUUCGUUGAAUUUUUUAUUUUAAUUGUUCGUGAAUUUAGUUUGAAAUACAUAAUUAAGAAUA